AUGAACUCCAUAGAAGCUUGUGGUUCACAAGGGGCUGGACUUUGCAGGAACUUAUCGCCCCAACUAAGCUUCUGUUCUACAACUGCCGAUGGAAGUUUCUUGGUGACAGGGUUGAAUUAUCUUCAGAUAUUGAGAGAAUCACAAGAAUUCCUCAAGAAAUUCUUACUGGGCGCAAGGACUUUCGACAGGCCAGCAUUGCCCAGCGUAUGUCGUGGGCAGCUAAUCGCGUCACCACGAGAACAGAGGAUGCCGCCUACUGCUUGCUUGGGAUAUUCGGCGUUUACAUGCCCAAGAUAUACGGCGAAACAGACAGAGCCUUUAUUCGACUACAAGAAGAAAUUAUGA